UCUCAAAUCAGGGGUAUGGGUUGAUUCCAGACCUCACAAAGCUUGGCUACCCACGGUAGCCACACCCCUCUAUUGAAUCAAAUGGGUAGCCCAAAUGGAGAUUUUGAUAGACGUUUGCAGCGACUAGCCUACUACUGACUCAAGACUGCCCUAGCAACCCGGUGGAUGAGCCAACCAUAACCGUGUAAAACUCGAGACUCUGCCGCUACUGGGGACAGGAAACGACAGAGAUCAGAGAGAGCUGCGGAACAGUGUGGCUGGCGGUACAAUACAGCGUUAUAACAAGUCAGACGUCUGGUACUUUCAAUGCACGGUAGCGGGAAUGGAGGAUUUAUGGAAUGACGAUUUGAACACUGGGACAGGUUCGGCGUGAGCGGCAAGCUUUGAUGUUACAGUGGAACACACUGUAGAUGUAGGCUCAUUUGUAUAAUUGUUUAUGUUACAUUGUGUUGUCACUUUCGUUGGCAAAAUUGACACUUGUAGCUUUCAUUCAAAUUCCUAUUUUAGGAGACUUCAAAUCUGUGUUUGAUGCAUUUAUUCUAAAUGGAUACAUUGUGAGUUCCCAGAUAUUCAUUAUGACUGAUAAUAUAAGGCUAUCCACUAGAUGAACUAUCAAAGAACACAACAUUCAACUUGACUCGCUUCUUUGCUACUUUAAUUCGUGCGUCACACAGCUCUCAAAUCUUGAGUUGGAAGAGAAAUAUAAGUGAUUGAACAGUCUUGUACAAGUUGUUCCAUGAUGGAACAUAAUCAUUCUUCACCGCGAGGAUGAACCACAGAACCAGCCCCGCCAAGGCUUACGAUUUUCUGCUUAAGUUUCUCCUGGUGGGAGACAGCGAUGUGGGAAAGGGGGAGAUACUGGCGAGCCUCCAGGACGGAGCCAGCGAGUCUCCAUAUGGCUACAACAUGGGAAUCGACUACAAGACGACUACGAUACUCCUAGACGGAAGAAGAGUCAAGCUGCAGCUCUGGGACACCUCUGGCCAGGGGCGCUUCUGCACCAUCUUCCGCUCUUACUCCAGAGGAGCGCAGGGUGUGAUCUUGGUCUAUGACAUCACCAACCGAUGGUCGUUUGAUGGUAUUGACAGAUGGAUUAAGGAGAUAGAUGAGCAUGCACCGGGAGUGCCUAAGAUCCUGGUGGGGAACCGGUUACACCUGGCCUACAAACGCCAGGUGACCACAGAGCAGGCCCAGGUGUAUGCCGAGAGGUUAGGGGUCACCUUCUUUGAGGUCAGCCCGCUGUGCAACUUUAAUAUCACAGAGUCCUUCACAGAGCUGGCCAGGAUAGUCUUGAUGAGGCAUGGCAUGGAGAGACUCUGGAGGCCUAACAAAGUUUUGAGUCUUCAGGACCUGUGCUGUCGUUCCAUCGUGUCCUGCACCCCUGUCCACCUUGUUGACAAGCUUCCUCUCCCCCUGGCUCUCAAGUCCCACCUCAAAUCUUUCUCCAUGGCCAACGGCCUCAAUGCCCGCAUGAUGCACGGACGGUCCUACUCCGUCACCGCCACUGCUGCCAACACCACCCACAUCCCCACCAAGAGGACCGGAUGCCAGCUGCUGAAAAAGAAAAAACUCUUCCGUCCUCCGCCGCUCAGCCCGGCGGCCGAACAGAGCUGCACUGGCAACAGCUGCAAGAUCUCCUAGCAACCAGUUGAAACAGGAAGAGGAAGUCCUUUGGGAAGGAUGUUGUCAUCACAUGAACAGGAAGUUGGUGUUGAUCACUAGUGCAGCCAAAGAUGGUGGAUAAAUUAAGAUCUCCCACUGAGGCUGUUUACCAUUGAAAAGAAUGGUCACAGUUCCGGUCUGCUUAAUUCACAAUGUGAAUUGGAAAUAUGUUUUUUUUUGCAUAUCCCAAUGCUCCCGAGACACCCCCAGAGAGUAGGGUCAUGGCCAGGGUCUGCCAUUAUCAACAAGAACCCUGGAGCUUAGGGUUAAGUGCUUUACUCAAGGGCACAUUGACAGAUUUUUCACCUUGUCGUUCUAUGGAUUAGAACUAGCAACCUUUCAGUUACUGGCCCAAUGCACUAACCGCUAAGCCACCUGCCCAUUAUAGUAUCUGUGAGAGCACGGGCAGUGCCAUUUAGGCCAUCUCCAUUAUAAAGUAGUCCAUUUUCUUCUUCUACUACUUCUAUGAGUUUGCAAACAACUGAAAGGGUGCAUACUGCCACUCGAAGUGUGUGGUUUAAACAGGUAUAAAGCCAAGGUUAGUGAUUUACUGCCACCUGCAGUUAUGAAAUGUUUGCUCACGAGUAUAAUUCAUUGGCUGAUACCUCCUGGAUGAAAUGUGAUCCUUCCUUAACCUAUAGGAAGUCCCACCCAGUUGAAUACUUCCAAGUACUGAAAGUCCUCAAUAGCGCUGCCCAUGCUAAAACAAGCUUUUGGGCACGAGAGUCUUCUAUCUAUUUCUAUGGGUGCAGCUCGUCUAGGGUCACCAAGAGCCAGCCAGAUGAGCUUCAAGGGAGUGUUCAACGAGAGGUGACCCCUCACAGCCCCCCCCCAAACCAGGAAGUUUUCACAGGGACUGGAUGUUCUAGGCCUCCAGACGCACAACAGUCCCCCACAGGUACUCACAGGAGGUCCAUGGUGUGACAAAGAUGGGGAAGGAACAUGUCAUGCUCAGAGAUUUUGGAUUAGCGCUAUGGGUCACUGCCCUUGGACCCAGAAGGAAGUUUUGAUGCUAGAUCAUAUGUGAGCCAUAUGACUAUAUUGUGCACAGACUAUAUUUCAAUUACUUUUUAAAUUCAUUUGGUAAUUUGUAUUUCACCGGCCUGAACUACAAUAUAAUGUAUUUUGUAACGAGACACUUUCGAGACCUGUAAUUUGUAUUUUCAAAAUACAAAAUACAUUUCUAUACCAUUUUGUUUUUAUAGUGGUUCACAAUUUCGUGGCCUCCUUUCACCCUGCAUUGGUAUCAGAAGUCUGAUGCCAGUAUGGUGUUAAGAAUGACGACGAAAUGUAAAUGUUAAAAUUUGUAUUAUUGGGUAUUAUUCUAAUAAGCUCCGUCCCGAAACAAGGCCAAUAAUAACAAUAAUAAUAAUACUCGGUGUGCUUUGCAAUUGUUUAUAUUUACAUUUUGGUCAUUUAGCAAUCAGUGCAUUCAACUAAGGUAGAUAAAUAACCACAUUGCACAUCAAUGGUAAAAGUAAAUUUUUUGUUACAGUUACUGAGAAUGUUGUUGUAGUGAAGGCGUAUACUUGCAAAUGUAUUUUGUAUUUUAGUUUGAUACAUUGGUCUUUAUAGUAUCUUGUAUUUAGAACAAGAAACAUUUUGAUGUAUCUUUUUCCCAUAUCUGAUUGUGCAUAAUAUGUUUCCAGAAAAACGAUGAACAUAUGCACUGUGUAAAAAUAUAGUACUAAAUAGUACUAUUGUGUACAAUAUUUGUGGAUGAUCUGUGGUCCUUUUUGCACUGUUUUCUCACCCACUGCAAUCAAUGACACAAAGCAUUCAAAUUAGUUUUAAUCCUAUGGUCUAAUUUCACAAUGAAAGAAACAUUACUGGACUGGUCUUAUAAAUGGUAUACUACACACCUCUGCCUUUAAAAAAAAUACUAGACAAAGCCUUUUUAAGAUCUAGCUACUUGUUUUACACAUACUUUUUACAGCAAAAUACUAUUUCUGCCAAAGUCAUCUGGAACUUCAAGUCUGGAAUUCUUUGGAGAAACCAUUUGUGUAAUGAAUUUGUAUGAUAUGUACAGUUAUGACAAUGUUGUUUGAUACAAUGUAUUUUUUCUGUUAUUUGGGUUUGUAUUCAUUUCCAAGUGUACAGUGACAGAGAUUAUACUAUUUCAGAUAGUGACACCAACACCAAAGACUUAGUAGACUGAGGACGUUACUGAACGAACAAGCGGUUUUGUACAGUAAAUAUCACCACACGGAUUUACAAUAAACUUCACAAACAGGAACUGUCUUCUCUGCUCAGAUAAUAAUAAUAAAAAUACAAGUAAUUGAUAGCAUUUAUAUUACACUUUUCCACAUGCUGAACGCUCUGUAAGGAGGGAAACUCACCUCAUCUCACUUGAUCAUGUUUUUACCCACAUGUCCCUCGUGAGAACCUGAAAACAAUGGGUGCAUUCCAUGUCACCCACUAGCUUUACUAGAGAGCACUUUACAAAGGAGGAGGUAUGAGUAUUUUUACAUACUGUAUCUAAUGAAGACCUUUAUGGUCUCAUGGCUGUUUGCAAAUGAGGUGUGACAGGCUCAGCCAUAUAGCAAGAACAGGUUCUGUAAAUACAUUGCUUUUAAAAUCUAUCAGAAAUGCUGAGAAAUUGACCCAUGGAAAGCUUUCCUGAUUAUUUUGGUCUGGUCUGUACUCUGGUCUCUUUGGUUAUGUGUUGUUCUUCAAUGAGAGUGUCAACAAGAGGAUCAGCAUUCGGUAAGUCCUCAUCAUAGCAAAGACUCCAUAGAUCCAGAGUUUCAGAAGACCUUUAUUACCGACAUACAGCUCUACCUGGACAGAGACCAGCUCAGUAGUGUUAGUGAAUGGAACCGAUUGGCCCAUUUCAACAACCCCUUUAGUUUCAUGGGUUACAACUACAUAGGUAAUCUCGCUCGCUCUCUCUUGGAUUGAGUGUGGGUACACAUAAUAAAUGUUAUGAGAAUUUGCUUCGGAAAAAAAUACGAUUUCUAAGUAGCCAAUGUCAGCAAUUAGACUUUUUCUUUACGCACCUCAAACUUGGCAAUAGUGGUUACCUUGAAUAAAUGCAUGUUUAUCCAUAA